AUGAACGGAUGUUCCGAAACGUUCCCCAGCAAGCAAGGCCUAAUGAACCACGCCCGCAACCACCGACGGAUAGACGCCCUAGAGGCUGCGGCUGUCCCACUCCCGGCCCCGUUGACUCGGCAAAGAUUGCGAGCCGGUCAGAAUACGCGACCGGUGCGUGGGGGCGAUGCCCGUGUUCCAUUGGGAGACGUGCCAAGGAUACUGGUCGGUAAAAGACCACCAGACACAGGCGGCACGGUCUCGCCAACGAGCAUUGCGGCAGGAGGUGUGCCAAGGAUACCGGCUGGUAUCAUACCGCCGGACACAGGCGGCUCACCCCUGUCCGCCGCAGCUGAUGUGUUGUCUUCCGUCCCGGGCACCGGGACAAGUAGUGUGCCUAGGAUACCGGCUGGUAACAGACCAGACCCGGACACAGGCGGCCCACCCUUGUCCCCCCUUCCCACCAUGAUGCCCACCGCUAUGAGACCCGCGACGCCGAGGAGGCCGCGCGGGACCGGGGACAGGCUGUCUCUCCCGUUGCCACCUACCUCGCCAGUGCGCCGUGAGUCUCCGAGGAACGAGGCCUACAACAUUGUUGUGGCCAGUCCGGAACUAUGGCGGCCACGCGUUCCUUCACCGGCCGCCAGCAGUAGUUCCGCCUCGAGUGGUGUGGAUGACGGGAAUGACGAUUUGGUGGACACCCCUUUGCCCGACAACCUAGACGGCCCUGAAGUCCUCGUCGACGAAGCGCUCAUUCUGCAACCUGAUGACACAACACCCCUACACGCUUUCCGGGAACGUUUUACGGACCUCAAUAAACAGCCGUGUUCGGAAGCGGGGUGGUCGAGGUUUGUUGAGCUCGUCGACGAGAUGACGGCUGAGGCGGCCGUCAUAGCCAAACUACCCGCCAGGCCGGAAGGCCGUAAUUCCGGUAGGGGGACUGCGAUCGAUCCGAACGAUGCCAAGGAGAUCCAGUCCCUAUACAAACGCAACAGGCGGCGGGCGGUUAGGGUCAUUUUGUCGGGUGAAGGGCAGUCUUGUGAAGUUGCGGUACCAGAGGUCGAGAAGCACUUCACAAGAACAUGGGCACCGUCCACAUGCGACACCAGUAUUUUCCAGCGGGUGGACGGCAGAGACCCAGUGCCGAUGGGCCCGUUCCAGUGCGCCGAUGUUGCCAAGCGUCUCGGUAAAUUCGAGAACACGGCGCCUGGAGACGACGGGCUCACGUACCGGCACUGGAAGCGUCUCGAUCCGGAGUGCACAGUAUUGACGGAGAUUGUCAAUGCAUGCCUCCGGUACAAGAGAGUACCACUCGUUUGGAAACGAGCUGUGACGGUGCUCAUCUAUAAGAAAGGGGCGCGAGAGGACCUGGGCAACUGGCGGCCCAUCUCGCUUAGCAGAACACUGUACAAGCUGUACGUGGGGUGUGUCGCCAAUAGACUGACAGAAUGGCUGCUCACAAACAAGGUCCUCAACCCUUGCCAGAAAGGCUUCCUGCCGGCGGACGGCGCGUUUGAGCACGUCCACACCUUGAAUCGGGUCCUCGAGAAGGCCAGGACCCACGCAGCGGACAAGUGCGUGGCCUGGCUGGACGUGUCAAACGCGUUUGGGGCGAUUCCGCACCCGGCACUAGAGGCCGCGAUUGAGGCGAGUGGAGCCGGUCAGGAGUUCCUUCACGCCAUCCGAGACAUAUACACCGGUGCCACAUCGACGGUAAGCGUGGCUGGAGGAAUGACCGGCAACAUCCCGGUGCUGUCCGGCAUCAAGCAAGGGUGCCCACUGAGCGGCCUAUUGUUCAUUAUGGCCAUCGACCCGGUGGUAACGCUGCUACAAGGCGCGUCUGCCGACCACCGGGUACUUGCCUUUGCCGAUGACCUUUGCCUGAUUUCCGACAGCCCGGAGGAGCUCCAGUUGUCCAUCGAUGCGGCACACAUAAGCCUGGGCAUGCUGGGGCUCAGUCUCAACGCGGCCAAGUGCGCGUCGCUCCACUUAUCGGGGCGCCGGCCGGUGGGCGUCCGGGACACUCGAUUUAACCUCAAUGGCUCCCCGCUUCGCCCGCUCGCCGAGGGUGAAGCCGCGACAUUUUUGGGUGCCCAGGUCGGGUUCAAUGUCGUACCACCGCUGUCUACCCUCGCUGAGAUAAUCGAUAUUGGCCUGCGCAUAGCGAGGAGCAAGCUAGCCCCGUGGCAAAGGAUGGACGCGCUGAAAACAUUUUUUUAUCCAUCGACCGUCCACCUACAGCGUUUAGGGACUUUCCCGAAGACGGAUUGGGCUAAGGUAGACAACAUUUUAAGGCCGGAGAUCAAGGCGACUCUGUAUCUACCCCAGGAGGCGUCGGGCGAAUAUAUCUAUGGGUCCACCAAGCGAGGGUGCUGUGGUGUCAGGCUGCUUGCGGAGGACGCCGACAUCGCCGCAGUGGACAGCGCCUUCAAGCUGAUCACCUCCCCGGAUCAACGAGUGGCAGCGGACGCGGCUGACCAUGUCGAGGAGGUCGCCAUACGGAGAAUUCAGAAGGAUCCGUCUGUCCAGGAGGUCGCGUCGUACCUGUCCGGGGAGGAUGAAGGCGUGUUCCGUGCGGCGAGGGGCACAGGGGUUAGUAGUGUAUGGUCGAGGGCGCGGAACGCCUCUAAGCGACUUAGUAUCGGUUGGUCGUUGGGAGGCGCCCCCUCGAUCACACAUGAAGGUACGGUAAUGGUAAGUAAGCAUAGGAGGGCGGUCAUGAGGACCAUAAGAAACACACUCCGGCUCAAACGAAGCGAUGCCCUGAUCGCAAAACCUGAUCAGGGCAGAGCUGUUGAGUGUGUUGCCGCCCAUCCUGCUUCUUUCCACUUCUUGGCUGAUGGCGAUUUCACGAGGUUCGCCGAUUGGCGCUUUGUCCAUCGGGCGAGAUUGAACCUCGUGCCGUUGAAUGGCUCCUCGUCAUGGAGAGCCGGUGACCGCAGGUGUAGACGAUGUAGGUACAAUACAGAAAGCCUAUCCCACGUCGUCGACCACUGCAUGCGGUACACCGCGCUCUACAUGGCGAGACAUAACGCCAUAGUCGCCAGAGUUAAGAAGGCGGCGUCCACGAAGUUUGAGGUUCUCUCCGAGAAUCAGGUCCUGGGCAACCAGGGCCUGAGACCGGAUUUAGUUCUGAAGAAGGGCCCAAACAUUUACAUUGUGGACGUCACCGUACCAUUUGAUAACCGCCUCGAGGCCUUCAAAGUAGCAGCAACCGAGAAGAAGGUAAAGUACGAGCGGUUGAGGACCGAGAUGGCAGACCGGUAUGGGUGUUCGGCGUCAGUGGUCCCGAUAAUUGUGGGUGCCCUUGGAUCAUGGGACCCAGGAAAUGAUCCGUUUAUGCGGAUUUUGUGCAGCAGGUCGUAUGCGUCGCUAAUGAGAAAACUAUGUGUCAGUGACACUAUCGCUGCUAGUCGCGACAUCUACAUUGAGCACCUGUCUGGGGUCCGACAGGUGAGGGGUUGA